AUGGUUCUUGCAGGGGAGGACCUGGUCGCAAUGUUCACUGUUACCCACGUCAUCCUUGCCUUGGGUGCAUAUGUCGCCCUCCGAUUCGCUUAUCAGAUUGUGUACUAUCGCUUUUUCCACCCCUUGUCCGUCUUUCCGGGCCCUUUCUGGGGCAGCGUAACCAGACUUUGGAUCGCAUGGCAUAAUCUACGUGAGACCGAAGUGCCUACGGUCUAUGCACUGACCAAGAAAUACGGACCCGUCGUACGGAUCACUCCAACGCUCCUUCUUGUCAGCGACCCCACGAAACUGCCAGACAUCUACCACCGGAAUGCAGAUAAAACAGGUCACUAUAUCACCGGGUCGUUCGGAGAGACCGAAUCACUGUUUAACAUUCGGUCACACAAGACCCAUGCGGCGUUUCGCAAGCAUAUUGCGGGUCCUUAUAGUUUCUCCAACGUAACGCGGAUGGAACCAUUGGUUGACGCCCGGAUCGACGAUUGGUUGAACAAAUUGGACGAGACCUUUGCCAGCACUGGUGCAAAGUUCGAUUUCGCAUGGUGGGCAGUAUACGUCGCAUACGAUGUAAUCAGUGAGAUCGGCUUUGGGGCGCCAUUCGGUUUUAUCGAACAGGGCAAAGAUGUUGGAGGUCUCAUUCAGGGCUUCCACGACGGCCUCCCUGCGUUUGGUCUCCUCGCGCGCCUGCAUCCCUUUACCAGCUGGAUGAAGACCACGUUCAUGAAGAAGUACCUAGUGGCCAAGCCUGAAGAUAAUACGGGUAUUGGAGUGCUGAUGCGCUUCCGGGAUCGAUUAAUUGAGCAACGCUUACGCGAGAUCGCUGAAGGCAAAGAUGUUGGUCGUGUGGAUCUUCUGCAAACGUUCAUCGAUGCCCGCACGGAGGACGGCAAGCCCCUUGAUAUGGACUAUCUGAAGGCCGAAGUCUUGCUGGUUCUGCUGGCAGGCGCCGAUACCACUGGCACGGUUUUCCAGUCUCUCGUCAACCACCUGCUCGUCAACCAGGAGGUCUACGAACGGAUGAUGGAGGAGAUUGACACGGCCAGUCGCAAGGGCCUCAUUCCCGAGACUAUCCCCCAGUACGACGCUAUCCAGGAGCAUCUUCCAUACUACGUCGCAUGUGUCCGCGAAACGUUGCGACUGAACCCACCGGCGCCGAAUAUCUUCCCUCGUUAUGUGUCGGAACCAGGUAUCGAGCUUUUUGGUAAGUUUGCUCCAGCCGGCACGGAGGUUACCGGCAAUCCAUGGAUCAUGCACCGUGACACGGCGCUUUUUGGAGAAGACGCAGAGGAGUUCCGUCCGGAGAGAUGGCUGGACCCGGAGAAGGCGAAGCUGUACAACAAGUAUAUUUUCACUUUUGGAUAUGGCACCCGAGUCUGUCUGGGUAGGGAUAUUGCGAUGGAAGAAUUAUUCAAGGGCCCACUGCAGCCAUCUGCGAGGUUCGAAGUCAAAGGUGGAAUCGGCUAUUGGCGGGAUAUGUGGGUCUCCAUCAACAGGCGACCGGCUGUGAAGCCUCUAUGA